AUGCAUAUGGGGCCAUGUGCUCGAUCAUUUGAAGUAUGCUUUAAUUGUGGCCAACCGGGACAUAUGCAAAGAGAUUACCCUUAUGAAAGAAGAUCCCAAGGAACUGGUCGUGGGUAUGUGCCACCAGUUUCAGUGGUAGCAUCUGCAGUUUCACCUCUAGUAAGCAGAAGCCGACUCAAUAAAGGCAAGGGGAUAGCUUCCACCUCCCGAUCCCGAUCUACUGAGUCAAUGUCACAGGGUACUUUCGGAGGAGGACAAGCAAAAGUAUUUGUCCUAGGCCCGCAAGAUGUGCCUACCUUUAAUGAUGUGGUGACAGGACAAAAUACACACUUGUACCGCAAGAAGCGAUUGACACUCUAUACAGCUGCAUUAAAUGGUGACUGGAGAUCUGCUGAAAGUAUCAUAAGAAGUGAUCCUACAUUUCUAAAUUCCAGCAUCACAGAUGAUUACAAAACAGCUCUCCACAUUGCAGCAGGAGCAAAACAGACAGCUUUCGUGAAGAAAUUAGUGAAUUUGAUGCAAAAUCAGGAAAGAGACUUGGAACUGCAAGACGAAAACGACAACACUGCCUUCUGUCUUGCAGUCAUAGCUGGGAGUGUGCCCGUUGCAAAGAUUUUGAUGAAGAAGGUUCCACAACUUGCAUUGAUUCGAGGUGGUCAGAAGUCGACCCCACUUCUUAUUGCGGUUAUGUUUGGACACCAUGACAUGGCCGGCCUUUUAUACCGGGGAACCGAAAGUCAUUUGGAGCAUCUAGAACUGGAGCAUCUACAGGAUAUAUUUUUCACUAGUAUUGGAACUGAUAUGUUUGAUAUAGCCAUCAAAUUGCUAACAAAAUAUCCCGACCUAGCUGUGGCUCGUAAAAGAGAUGGACAGACAGCGUUACAUAUGUUGGCUCGAAAGCCUUCAGCAUUUGCUAGCAAGAACCCUGGGAUAUUGAAGACGCUCCUUAGCUCAUGUACGGGGUCCAAAGACAUCACAGCCUUUAAACUAGUGAGAAGCCUCUGGGAAAAUGUUCUGAGCAGAGCAGACUUGGAUGUUCAACAACAAAUUGAUGUCCCCUUCAAUCUGUUGUUUGAGGCAGCAGAGUUUGGGAAUCAUGAGUUCUUAGCUGAGCUUUUACGCUUGUAUCCGGAGUUAAUCUGGGAGACGGAUUACGAGAAUCGAACAAUAUUUCACAUCGCGGUCUUGCAUCGUCAUGUGGAUAUCUUCAAUCAGAUAUAAAGCAUAGGGUCGAUUAAGGAUGUUGUGGCGGCAUACAAAAUACCAAGUGACGAGUGCGUAGUUUGGGAUAACAUGUUGCGUCUUGCUGCUAAAAUCCCAUCGCCUCAUCGACUCGACGUGGUAUCAGGGGCCGCUUUACAAAUGCAACGGGAGUUAUUGUGGUUUGAGGAGGUGAAGAGCGUGGUACAACCCUCCGAUAGAGAACAAAAAGGUUUAAAAGGAUUGACCCCUCGAAAAUUAUUCUCCAGGCAGCACCAAGGAUUAUUGGAGAGGGGCGAGAAAUGGAUGAGGGAUACAUCUCAAUCAUGUAUGAUUGUCGCAACACUUAUAACUACGGUGGUGUACUCCGCAGGCUUCAGCACACCGGGCGGCAAUGAGAAUACGAAAGGAACUCCCGUUCUGAUAAACCACACUUUAUUUCAUGUCUUCGCGGUGUCGGAAGCCGUAGCACUGUCCUUUUCUAUUACCUCAACGCUAAUGUUCUUGUACAUCCUCACUUCACGUUACGCCGAGGAAGAUUUUCUCAUAUCAUUGCCAUUAAAGUUAAUGGCUGGCCUCGCAACGCUGUUCAUCUCUAUGAUGGCCAUGAUAGUUGCUUUCAGUGCAGCCUUUUUGCUAGCUUACCGUGAUAGUUAUAAUCAUCAUAGAUUAAGGUGGGUUCCUCUUCUUGUCUCUGCAUUUGCUUUCUUGCCAGCCGCUUUAUUUGUUUGGCUACAGUCUCCCCUGUUGCUUGAUAUAUUCCAUUCUACUUGUUGUUCUCGUUCCCUCUUUCGGCCCAGAAAGUCCAUGUUUUGUUCGAAAGUGUAA